UCUCCUCUCUUCAUUAAUUCAGCGUCCCCCCAGCAUGGCGCCAUAUCCAGGGUCUGAUGCGGACUUUCUCCGGGACAAGGCGCGUAGGGAUAUUUUGAAUCUCCUGGAAGGCGUGAGUUAAGGCUCUCGAUCGUCUUUGCGCAUACUUGGCUGAACUUCCUCCAGGUGCGCGGGAAGAAGAACCUCGUCAUAAGCCAGGACCUGGCAGGCCCGGUCGGUCUCUUUGUCAAGUUCUCCCUGCUUCAGGAGUACGGGGUAGAUCGUGUAUUUCUCCUCGAGAACGCCAAUGUGGACUCCUCGCAGCGCAAUGUGAUCUUCUUAGUCCAUGCCGAAAAGACGCGCCAGGUGCGCGCAGUGGCAGGUAUGUUGGUCGUCCAUCCAUCUCGUCGGCGCCUUCUUUGUAAAUUGCUGCACGUUCCUCCGAAUGACUGCAAUGGAAUGGGACGAACUGUAGAUUACGCAGAUGCCUCAUCUCUCCGUAGUCGGUUGAGUUCCCUAUAUCAACAUUCAUAUCUCCAAAUUACCCAGCUCAUCUCUAAGGCCUUCUUUCUUAUACCACGUGUGACUGGAUGCCAUCAGUGUGAGCUGACAUCUCGCUAGAACAGAUCCAACGCCUGCAACGGAAUGGCAAUGUGGAGCAUGAGUUCUCCAUUUUCUGGGUCCCUCGCCGGACUCUCGUAAGCAAUGCCAUCCUGGAAGAGACCGGCAUAAUCGGGGAUGUGAACGUCGCAGAAUUUUCCUUGUACUUUGUGCCUCUGGAGCAAGACGUCCUGUCGCUGGAGCUGGAAGAUGCCUUCAGUGAUCUGUAUCUGGUAAGAGAACUUGUGUAUGAAAAGACCGCAGUGGACUAAAUCCGGGCACAGCAUAAGGACCCGGGAUGUGUGUUCCUUGCCGCAAAGGCUCUUAUGGAUAUUCAGCAGCGACACGGCUAUUUCCCGCGGAUCAUCGGCAAGGGUGACAAUGCUCGACGACUGGCAGACCUGCUGCUACGGAUGAGAAAAGAACUGGAUGCCGAAGAAAGCUCCGGCCUCAUGGAUCCCUCCACGAGAGGACUGCUGCCUAGUGCAGAUACCGAGAGCCUGAUCAUCAUUGACCGCGACGUGGACUUCGGCACGGCUCUCCUCACGCAGCUCACCUAUGAGGGCUUAAUCGAUGAGACCGUUGGCAUCAAGCAAAACCAAGCCGAUGUGGACACCUCCAUUGUCGGCUUCACGCCGACGCCCCAAGCCCAAGAAUCCUCAAAAGCUCCGCAGCAAACAUCCAAACAGGGCCAGAAACGCAAGAUCCAGCUCGACGCCUCCGACCAACUCUUCAGCCAACUCCGCGAUGCCAACUUUGCCAUCGUCGGCGAUAUCCUGAACAAGGUCGCCCGUCGUCUGGAGACUGACUACGAAAGCCGACACACGGCGAAGUCGACGACCGAGCUGCGCGAAUUCGUCAACAAACUCCCUACCUAUCAACUCGAACACCAAAGCCUGCGGGUGCACACCAACCUCGCCGAAGAAAUCAUGCGAAACACCCGCGCCGACACCUUCCGCAAGAUUCUGGAAGUCCAGCAAAACAACGCCGCCGGCGCCGACCCGACCUACCAACAUGACUCCAUCGAAGAGCUCAUCGCCCGCGACGUGCCCCUCAAAACCAUCCUCCGUCUGCUCUGUCUCGAAUCCUGCAUGUCCGGCGGUCUCCGUCCGCGCGACCUGGAGAACUUCAAACGCCAGAUUGUCCAAGCCUACGGCUACCAACACAUCCUAACCUUCUCGGCAUUGGAGAAGAUGGACCUUCUCCAGCCCCGUUCUUCUGCCACCACCAUGCUCAUCCCCACCACGGGGACCCAGACCGGCUCUAAAACUAACUACAACUACCUGCGCAAAAACCUGCGCCUCGUGGUCGAGGAGGUUAGCGAAAAGGACCCCUCCGACGUCGCCUACGUCUACAGCGGCUUCGCCCCUCUUAGCAUCCGUCUCGUCCAGUGUGUCCUGCAGAAACCCUACAUCCUCUCCCUCAUCCGCGGCGGCUCGACCGCCCCGGCCAUCACCGGUCCCAGUCCCGCGAGCACCGCCUCCCCUGGCUGGCUCGGCUUCGAGGACGUCGUCAAGAGCGCGCGGGGGGCUACCUUCAGCAUCGUGCAGAAGGGCGACGACAAAGCGGUACGUGCGCGCCAGACCAUCAGUGGCACCAACGCCACCAAGACCAUCUACGUCUUCUUCCUGGGCGGCAUUACCUUCACGGAGAUCGCGGCGUUGCGGUUCAUCGCGGCCCAGGAGGCGCCUAGACGGAAGAUUGUCAUCUGCACGACUAGUAUUGUCAAUGGAGAUCGUAUGAUGGAUGCGGCGAUCGAGAAGGGCGAUUUUGCUAAGAUGGAGUAGUGUAGUAGUUCUCCUUCGCCAGUAGGUAAGAAUCUUCAAGGAUGUAGAACUGUGAUUCUCACUUUGCUUUGAAUUUCUACCUACCACUUUGAUUGAUGUAUGACAAGAGCACAUAACACGAUGGGAGGACCCAUUAGCAAGCAUACCUAAUAAAAUUUCUAUUAAGAACAAACCAGCACUGAUGUAUGCAUCUUCUAUCCACGCCAAGUACAGUAGCACUUAAGUAGAUAAAU